AUGGCAGCACAAGAACAGGCCAUAAGCACAAGAGCCAUAGAGACCAGGAUCUACCAGAGUAGAUCAGACCCAAGAUGCAGACUGUGCAAAGAAGCCCCUGAGACAGUCCAGCACAUAGUAGCAGGCUGUAAGAUGCUAGCUGGAUCAGCGUUCAUGGAGAGGCACAACCAAGUGGCUAGGAUAGUAUACAGGAACAUCUGCAACCAGUAUGGAAUAGAAGUACCCAAAUCCCAAUGGGCCAUACCACAGAAGGUGGGUAAAAACAACAGGGCCAAGGAUCUGUGGGACUUCAGUUUCCAGACAGACAAAAAACUUCUGGCUAACCAACCAGACAUAGUGGUGGUGGACAAAGAGCAGAAAAGGGUGGUGGUGAUAGAUGUGUGUUUGAAGAGGAUUGUUGGAGAAGUGCUGGAGCUCCACAUCCAAGCAGCACACGAGUCAAAGAAUAAAAGACAGCUCAAUCUCUAUUCCAAAGUGGAGCUAUUCUGGGUCUACAAAUCCUGCCAGUCCAUGUGCUCCGAGACAAAGAUCACCUUCUUACCUCAGCGUGUACAUUUCACGCCACAUUGGAUCGGCGUGUUGUGCGCGUACGCCGCCAACCAGAACCUGAGCGCUCAAGUCAAGAACAUCCGCCGUCUGGUCAACAGCAACAUGAGGGACCUGCACACCUUCGCCAACGACACGCCCACGCAAAUCGACUACCUGUCCUCCCAGUACGCCACCACCAAGAACCAAGUCCUCUACGACUUGGACAACAUAGGUCCGCUGCUGGGUGGAAGGAUACACCAUCAGUUAGAUAAGGAGGUGCGACCCGCCUUGGACGCCGCGCUGAAGAUGACAGGAGUGAAAAUCGACAGAGCCAUCAAAGCCAUGCGAGAGACCAAGGAGGCCCUGGACAACGUCAGCGUGUCCCUGCAAGUUCUCCAAGAAGGUGCGGCACACCUCCACGUCCAGCUGGGUUUAGUCCGGGACAACAUCAACAACACCCUGGACGACCCCGGGUGUCACGACGAGGAGUCGGACGCCACCUCCGCCCAGCUGUGUCGCAACAUCCGCCUGUCGCUGGCACAGCUGCACAUCAGUGCCAACUUCACACGGCUUCCCAACGUGAACUCUCAGCUGGAGAAGAUGAGCGACGUGUUGAAGACCGACCUCAGCGCCAUCGUGCACAAGGGCUACGCCUCCUUGAACGACACUCCUUAUAUGGUCAUGGUGCAGACCAGAGGUGUUGUGGACAAGGUGCAGAGUCUGCUGGACGACAUCGGCAGCAACAUCAGCAGCUUCGCCAAAGUCUUCCCGGUGCAGAAGUCGCUCGCCAACUUCACCAUCUUCAUCAGCCACGCCCACGCCAAGAUCGAGGACCACUACCCCGACAUCGACCAGAUGGACUUCUACAGGUGGACGUGCUGCGUGGCCAUGUGCUGCAUGGUGGUCUUGGUGCUGGCCUUCAACUAUCUGGGCCUGCUGUGCGGCACGCUGGGCUACGACAAGCACGCCUCGCCCACCACGCGGGGAUGCAUCUCCAACACGGGAGGAACCAUGCUGAUGGCGGGCGUGGGCUUCAGCGUCAUCUUCUCCUGGGUGCUGAUGGGCCUGCUGACCGCCAUCUUCCUGCUUGGAGGGAACAUGGAGAAGCUCAUCUGUGAGCCCUUUCACACCCGGGAACUCUUCAAGGUGGUGGACUCACCGUACCUGGUGAGCUCCGAGUGGAAGAACUUCAUCCCAGGCUACAUGUACAACGACUCUGAGCUGGAGCUGAGUGCAGAGAGCUUGUACAGCACCUGCAAGGAAAACAAAGGCAUCUACUCAGCCAUGCGUCUGGACAAGAUCUUCAACGUCUCUUCUUUCCUGAACGCCACAGUGUUCACAAAGGAGGUGGUGGCUCACCUGAGCAAGGUCAACAUCGACCUGAGAGGAAUCACCUUGUUGGAAGCAGAAGGCAAGCAGAACCUUCUGGAAUUCUCGGAGGCGGGACUUUCGGAGACGAACUACGCCGACUACCUGGAGGAGGUCAACAAAGGCGUGACGGCGGAGGAUCUGCUGCUGUUUGCCAAAGAGCUGGAAGCCCAGACGGAACUGAUGCCUAGGGGCCGUCUGCAAAGUGCUCUGAAGGGUCACGUGGGCACAGUGAGACAGAUCCACAACCAGCAUGUGGUGCCCUUGCAGCAGGCCAUGAAAUAUGUUAGAGCGAGGAGCGCGCUGAACCAGAGCAUGAGGUUCCUGGAGAGGACGGCCUCCGACCUGCCGAACAAAGUGUUAGGUGUGCUCGAUGCCGUCGACGCGGCGCAGUAUCUCAUCUCCCAGAAUGCAACACACCUAAUUAACCGGGAAACGGCAAAAUACACGGCGGCCAUUGUGGGCUACUUCCAUCAGUACAUCGAGUGGGUCAAGACGUCUCUGGCCAUGGAGGUGGCGCCCUGCAAGCCCUUCAGCAACAUUCUGGACACCAUGGAGAUCAUCACCUGCAGCUUCCUGGUAGACUCCAUGAACGUGUUCUGGAUGGGUCUGGGCUGCAGCACCCUCCUCCUCAUCCCCAGCAUCAUCCUGGCCGUCAAGCUGGCCAAGUUCUACCGCAGGAUGGACACGGAGGACGUUUACGACGAUAUGGAAAGUGGUAAUAAUGGUUAUCAUAGCGAGCCCUCACACGCCACCCUUAACCCUCCCAUGGCCAGCAUCCCCACCUAUGACACCAUCAGCAGGUUCCCAAGGGCCUCGGCUCCUCCAAGACACAUCGACUGGUGACUUCUUUGUGUCCUGGCAGCGGCCAUGACAUGUGGACAUGAAGACAAGGAUUCUUCCUUCAUGGAACUUUGAACCUGACUGAACUAAACAUCGGGAUUUUUCUGUCAUGAAGAAGAAUUCUUGGAAUUUUUUUAAAGUUUUAAAUCUUCAUCCUUACUCGGCCAAGAUGUUUCCGCAGGGCAUGACCUUGUUCUCCAUCUGGACCAGGCUGGUUCCGGAUGGUUCCGUUCCCUCAACUCUUGUUUACACGGGUCUCACCUGGACUUGACGCUGUUUCACGCCAACCGUGACGCUAAGUAGUGGCAGGAAGGUAACAACGCACGCUAAAAGGUUAGCUUGGUUAUUUGUCAACAACCUUUACGGGGAAACAAAAAGUGGACUUUCAAUGUUUACAAUAUUUUGAAUACUAGGUUGCUAAUGUCGUUGCAUAAAGACUGGUUGCCUUUCAUUUUGGCAUUUACUGCUUUUUAAAAGAACGCUACGCUCUUUCAAACUAUCUUGUUGUUAGCUUAGCCCGUUUUUGAACACUUCGCAGCAACUCGAGCGUCAAAAUACUCUCAACGUCACUUCGUUCACAGGCGGCCUACGUCCGAUGUUUUUUGUGCGCUAAACAGAGGUCGCAUUUUUAUCUGGAUCAUGUUCAAAAUUAGUGCGUUUCUAACAGCACUCAAGAUCUCAACACAGGCCAAAAAUGAUGUUUUUUACUUCAUUUUUGACAUAGUUAAGACAUUUUUCCUCAGUCAUUCAAAAUACAAGAUAGAAACGCGUUUGACCAAAGACGGACUUCACUGCCUGCUAAUGAAAGGUAAGUACCGUAUUUUUUGGACUACAAGGCGCACUCAAAAUCCUUUCAUUUUUCUUAAAAAUCGACGAUGCACCUUAAACACACAUAAGAGAUACGUGUAGACUGCAAUAUGAUGGCAGUCACACAUAAGAGAUACGUGUAGACUGCAAUAUGAUGGCAGUCACACAUAAGAGAUAUGUGUUGACUGCAAUAUAAUGGCAGUCACACAUAAGAGAUAUGU